AUGGCUUCUAUCCUAAUAACGGGAGCAAACGGCUUCGUUGGCCAGGAAUUGGCCGGGGGCCUCCUUAAUGCCUGUCCAAACGUCCGCCUCACCCUCACGGACGUUACCGUGGCUCCUCCGGUUCCAGCUUCAGCUAAGCCUGAAGACGCUGGCCGCAUAACCAGCCUCAAAGCAGACCUCACCUCCCAAGCCGCUGUUGAUGAACUCAUCAGCUCCCCUUCCCAAUACGAUGUUGUGUAUAUCCUCCAUGGCAUCAUGUCCGGUGCCUCUGAAGCCAAUUUUGACCUCGGCAUGAAGAUCAAUUUUUUCUCGAUACAUUAUAUGUUUGAAAGAUUACGGAAAGUGAUACCAGGGGUAAAGGUCGUCUUUGCGUCUUCUCUGGCUGUCUAUGGGCCUACGCCCCCUGGAUUCAUGAUCAAUGAACGCAAUCUGCCACCACUCCCUACUUCCUCGUAUGCAACGGCAAAGAUUGCCACUGAGCUACUAUUAAAUGAUUAUUCACGCCGUGGAUUCCUUGACGGAAGAUCUGUUCGACUGCCUACCGUUACUGUUCGAGCCGGCGCCCCUACGGGGGCCGCAAGUAGCUUUGCUUCCGGUAUCAUACGUGAGCCAUUGAAGGGUGAGAAGAGUACGAUGCCCGUCAGGAGAGAUACGGAGCUAUGGAUAUGCUCUCCGUACGUGGUUGUGGAGAAUAUGAUCUAUGCAAAGGACAUUCCAAAGGAGAAGUUUGGCGAUUCUAGAGCAGUAAAUCUGCCUGGAAUCAAGGUUUCUGUGCAGGAAAUGCUCCAAGUUUUGGAACAAGUUGGCGGAAAAGAAAAGAGAGCUCUGGUGGAGGAGAAGUAUGACGAGACGAUCGAUAAGAUCGUUCAAGGAUGGUCGCCUAACUUCGAUAUCACUUGGGCCAAGGAGCUAGGAUUUAAGGAAGACAUGUCAUUUUUGGAAAGCGUAAAGAGAUAUAUAAGUGAGCAUGUUAGUUAG